AUGUCUUCAGGCGAUGCGGUCGCGUCGACUUCGACCGCUCCUCUUGACGCGGCGGGAGGGGCGCCAUCAGCGGCAAGAGCAGGCGCGAAUGACGGGUCGACAGUUGUAACGGACAGUAGAGGGACGGAGGAGCUGGAGCCGAUGCCUACCUUGUCCUCCCUGCUGCUGUCGACGGCGGAAUCGCUCGCUCGGCGGUCCACACCCUCCUCGUCGUCUUCCGCCAAACCUUCGACCUCGAAACAGCCUGCGAAGCCCGCUUUCACCCUCGCGACGAGUCCACAGUCGCUUCUAUCGCACCCAGCCGCCCCGUCUUACCUCUCCUCCCUCCUCUCGCAACCCUUGUCCGCCCUCCAAGCCCUCCCCGCUUCGCUCGCAACGCUCUCAACCUCUCUCGACAAUGACCUUUCCUCCCUCGCCUUCACGCGCUACUCCUCUUUUCUCCUCUCCUACUCCGCGGCCCAGUCCAUCUCGACCUCCUUCACCACCCUCUCCGACUCGCUCUCCGCCCUCCUCGACUCGACCUCCUCGCUCGAAUCCGCCGCGACCUCCUUCGGCAGCCGGAUCCACUCCGUCCGAGAAAAGCGGGACCGCAUGAUGCGAGUCCGCGAACGGAUUGAGGAGGUUGAGGAGCUGCUAGAAGCGCCGAGCGUGGUCGAUGCGUGCGUACGAGCGGGCUACUGGUCGGAAGCAAUCGACGUCGCCGUACGGCUCGAGGAGUUGCAUAAGCGACUCUCAAUCUCGGCAUCGAAUCUGGACGGCGGCGAAGGACGAGGAGCACUCAAGCUCCUUGACCGGGUCAGGGAAGAGGUCGGAUCUGCGCUCUUGAGCUUGCGGGCGGGCGUGCUGGACAGUCUCUUGCAGCGUUCGCUCAAGUUGCCGGGUGCAGUACGCGGCAUCAGCAUCUUGAGGCGGAUAGCGGAACGCGGAUCGAGCGGAACCGCCCAGGCAUCGGGCAAGGCGAAGGAGCUGGAUGAGGAUUCGCUUCGCAUUGUCUUCCUCGUCGCCCGGUGGAGGUGCUUGCGCACCGAGCUCGAGGGCGUCGAGGCGCAGAUGGCAGCUUGUGGGAUCCAGCUGGCAGGCGACGAACCGCCUCUCGCGCAACAAGAUGCGAAUGUCAGCAUCGAGGAGAACGACGAGCGGACGAGGUGGACGAAGCGGUGGAUCGAGGUCUGGCGAGAGGUGGUCGGCGAGACUGUCGGGAUGUACGCCGAAGUCUUCCUGUCUUCCUCGGCUCUCGCAUCAUCGCCCAACGCGCACCCUUCCGAUCCCGCCAUUCCUUCUCACGCCCUCACGCCUUCCGCCCCUUUGCAUAUCUUCCUCACGACCGCCCUCGACUCGCUCACAUCGCUGCUCGCGCACGCCGUCGCAGGGCUCAGCUCGACAGCCUCGCUCUCCUCACUCCUCACCCAACUCACCUACUGCUCCCAUUCUUUCGCCCGCUACGGCCUCGACUUUCGCGAGUUCGUCCAGCUGCGGGAACGCAUCGAGUUGCGCAUCGGCCGGAUCGUCGCGGCAGAAUGGGAACUGGCGGGACGGAAGUGGGAGAAGGAGUUCCGGGACGCCUGGGAGAACUCGGGCGGAAUGGCCCUCACCGCGGCCAAGGCAAGACGGAGCGGGAGAGUACCGCUCGUCGACUGGCUCGUCGCGCCCGAAGGCCUUUCCUCCCUGCUCUCCAUACCUCUACCGGAACCGCCUGUCAUUGCCGCACCCUCUCCCUCAGCCGCCUGGCAUCACCAGCCCUCCCUUUCGCUCGCCCUUCUACCGCCAGUCGCACGCUUUCUCAACGCCCAUGCAGCCGCGCUCAACUCCCUCCGCCUCGUCCCGCCCGUCUCGCUCUUCCACCCUCUUCGCCGUGCUCAAGCCGUCGAACUCGACCGGGCGACGCAAGUCCUCGCAGCUUUCACCGAUGCAUGGCUCGCCUCGCUCGCCGCAACGCCGCUGCCGAAACAGACGGGCUUCGACGACGGUCUUGGUGACGACUUGAGCGCUGAUGAGAAGACGCUCUUGCGUGAGAGGGACGAGGAGAAGCGAGCAGUCGGCGCGGCGAUUGCUUGGUUCAGCCGAGCGGUCAUUCCGUGGUGCGAAGGUGCGCUAGAGACGGGAGUCUAUGGCGAGCUGGUCGCGAGCGGACGGGCAGGGUCGACCUCGCGGGAAGCGCAGAUUCGGGAGGCGUUGCGGCGGUGCGAGCAGCUGGUGGCACGGAUUGACGGCCGUGAGUACAGAGAGGAGGAGCGGGCAAAUGGGAAGGAGGAGACGACCGUCUCGAACGGUCUGGCGGACGACGAUGCGACUGGCCCAGCCGAACUGCCCGUUCUCGACGCCCCCUCCGCCUCUCUCAAGCAGCCUCAAGCUCCCGAACCUGUCGAAGAUCUCGCUCUCGUCAACGGCCACCACGACAAGCUCGACUUUUCCGUUCCUCCGGUUGACGCUCCCGUCUCGAAUGGCUUCGACCCGGCUUCGGCAGCCGACCAAAUGGAUGACGCCGAUGCGCCCUACAUCGUCGACGAGACGGCACCUCCGCCACCGGUACCAGCUAUCGCGAGCGAGUUGGUCGACGAGAAGAAGGUCAUCGAGGCGGGCAUGGAAGGAGCAGGUGUGGCCAAAGUAGAGCAGGCGUAG